GAAAAAAAAAAAAAAGAAAGAAAGAAAGAAAAAAGAAAAAGAGAGGGAGAGAAAAAAACCCCACUGGAUCUUACAUGCUUCUGUAACUCUCACUUCUACUUCAUGUCCCCAUGAUCCUGUGCCAGCAACAGGACAAGUUCCCUGGAUGUGAGCUGAGUUACUAAGAUAACGACUAUUGGUCAAAAGACAAACUUGGUAAAACUCCAAGGACCUUGGAAGCAUCCAUCUCUCCUCACUUUAUUUUAAAUUUUUGGUGUGUGUGACUUCACCGAACAUUCAAAACUGUUUCUUCAAAGGGUUUUGCAAAAACUCAGACUGUUUUCUAAAGCAGAAACACUGGCGUCCACAGCUGAAGCAAUGGGCAGUGUGCGAACCAACCGCUACAGCAUAGUCUCUUCGGAAGAAGAUGGCAUGAAGCUGGCCACCAUGGCAGUGGCCAACGGCUUCGGGAAUGGCAAGAGUAAAGUCCACACCCGGCAACAGUGCAGGAGCCGCUUUGUGAAGAAAGAUGGGCACUGCAAUGUUCAGUUCAUCAAUGUGGGUGAGAAGGGACAGAGGUACCUGGCAGACAUCUUUACCACCUGUGUUGACAUUCGUUGGCGAUGGAUGCUGGUUAUCUUCUGCCUGGCAUUUGUGCUCUCCUGGCUGUUCUUUGGCUGUGUGUUUUGGUUGAUAGCUCUGCUCCAUGGGGAUCUGGAUGCUUCUAAAGAGAGCAAAGCUUGUGUGUCUGAGGUCAACAGCUUCACGGCUGCCUUCCUCUUCUCCAUUGAGACCCAGACAACCAUAGGCUAUGGUUUCAGAUGUGUUACAGAUGAGUGCCCCAUUGCUGUCUUCAUGGUGGUAUUCCAGUCCAUUGUAGGCUGCAUCAUUGAUGCCUUCAUCAUUGGCGCAGUUAUGGCAAAGAUGGCGAAGCCAAAGAAAAGAAACGAGACUCUUGUUUUUAGUCACAAUGCUGUGAUUGCCAUGAGGGAUGGCAAACUAUGCUUAAUGUGGAGGGUGGGCAAUCUUCGCAAAAGCCACCUUGUUGAAGCUCAUGUCCGGGCACAGCUACUCAAAUCUAGAAUCACUUCAGAAGGGGAGUAUAUUCCCUUGGACCAAAUAGAUAUCAAUGUUGGCUUUGAUAGUGGAAUUGACCGUAUAUUUCUAGUGUCCCCUAUCACUAUUGUCCAUGAAAUAGAUGAAGACAGCCCUUUAUAUGACUUGAGUAAGCAGGACAUUGACAAUGCAGACUUUGAAAUUGUUGUCAUACUGGAAGGCAUGGUGGAGGCCACUGCCAUGACGACACAAUGCCGGAGUUCCUAUCUGGCCAACGAAAUUCUCUGGGGCCACCGGUAUGAGCCAGUGCUCUUUGAAGAGAAACACUACUACAAAGUGGACUAUUCAAGAUUCCAUAAGACUUAUGAGGUACCUAACACUCCCCUUUGCAGCGCCAGAGACUUAGCAGAGAAGAAGUACAUCCUCUCAAAUGCGAAUUCAUUUUGCUAUGAAAAUGAAGUUGCCCUCACAAGCAAAGAGGAAGAGGACAGUGAAAAUGGAGUCCCAGAGAGUACAAGCACAGACUCACCUCCUGGCAUUGAUCUUCACAACCAGGCAAGCGUACCUCUAGAGCCCAGACCCUUAAGGCGAGAAUCGGAGAUAUGACUGGCUGAUUCCGUCCUUGGAAUAUUUAUGUUACUACACAGUCUGUUGUUGGUCAGAGGUCCGAGACAGUCACACAGACCAUGGUACCGGUCAAGAGGUGGGUGAACGCAAGCAGCCACAAGAGACUAAGGCUAGCACAAAGGUUUCAAGAAAAGACUGGAAGCUGGAUGACAGAUGUAAAGUGCUUUGCAGGCCUCCGAGUGACCCUAUGGCACAUAUCUGUUGUAGAAUAAGUUGUGGGGUUUCAAAUGUAUUGUUUUGUGUUUUUACAAAACUUGAAUAUGCAGGCAAGCCUCAGUUUGGGUAUUUAACUUACCUGGAAUGCUUCUCUUUAGGGGAACAAGAAUGAUUUUAAUGGCAUAACACAGGCAAGACUCUGCCUUAAUUUUUUGAAAAGCUGCUAACUACAUGAACACAAACUGUAUUUUUGUUGCAGUGUAGUUUAUCUUUUACAUAAUCUUAAAAAGUCAGUGUUGAACAUUGUUGAAGGCAUACAGUGUGCUUCAAAGUGUCAAGUAUUUGGCUAUUAACUGCCAAAAUGAGAGCCUAAUGCUCUGAGGCCAGUAAUUUGUUUGCUAAAAAUUGAUCUCUCUCUCUCUCUCUCUCUCUCUCUCUCUCUCUCUCUCUCUCUCUCCACUUUCUUGUUACAUAAGGGCAUUAUGUAACACUAGCCAAAUGGUAGCCUCUGGGUUUUAUACUUUUCCUUUCCAUGACACUAUUAAGUUAUCUCAAAUUUUCAGUUAGCCUACCUAAAAUAAAUACCAAAGAAAAUGAACAGUUUUUUUUGUUUUCCUUUUUCUUUUCUUUCUUUUUUUUUUUUUGCACAGUGGAGUUUAUAUUAAAAAGGAAACAAAGCCCCAUGGGUUGUCUGGAAAAUCCAGACACAUUAACUUUGAACCUCAGCAAGAUGUUGAAUAGCCUAUAUAGCCUGUUCAUUUUGUACCUUAUUUUGAAAAAAGAGCAUCAAAGUCGAAAAAUGUGUGUUUUCAAUUCUGCUCUUUUGUUUUGCCUUCUUAUUUGAAGGGGAAGGGAUCAUGGGUCACACCUAUAGACACACUAUACUAAAGGCUUUCUUUCCCUGAUAGGUAGUGUUGAUCAGGCUAAUGUAUUCAAAGGAGAGAGACGGGAGACAAAGAGAGAGAUAGAAGAGAGAGAAAGAAAGAGAGAGAGAAAGAGAGAGAGGAAGAGUGAGAGACUCACUCAACCUUUCUGAGCUUUCCUCUCUCUGCACAUUCCAAAGUUUAUUCCAUAAGAUCAGAUUUUGCUUGAACUUUGUUGGUAACCCUGACAUCCUCCAACCAGAGCAUUUCAACUUUUGCAGCUGAAUCAUGGCCUUGACUGUCAGGUCAUUUCUAGCUUGGUGUCACAUUAGGGAAGAUAUCUGGCCUCCAGGCUUGUCCUUCUGAGGCCAUCUGCAGAGAGACAACAGGACUGAAUAUGCUAAAGUAGAGGACUUGUGUGUGUGUGUGUGUGUGUGUGUGUGUGUGUGUGUCUGCCACUUCAAUGCAAAAAUCUACUUUAAGGGAGAGGAAAGCUGCCUCUUCAAAGGCAGAGGGUAGGAGAGGAUGUCUCAGUAUUUUAGGAGUUUAGUGAGCCGUAUAAACACACAAGCUAAUGAGUUAAGAGUCUAAAGGGUUAUUUCUCUUUGUGUACACACUCAUGACUAAUAUGAGCUGGUCAUUGUCUCUUGUAAAGUCCUAAAGCAGGUUACCAAGGACAUAUUCUUUUCCAGAACCCUCUUCUGCCUUGUCACCUGCCUUGGUGAAAACUUCUCUCCCCAAGCUCACUCUAGCCCAAUAAUGCAAUUCUUCCUUUCUUUCUUUCUUUUGGUUUUAAAGUCCCCUACUUGUGGAUUCCAGGGCUGCUAAGUUUGCUUUUUAGUUGGAGUCUGAAAAUCAACUCUCUGACGGUAUUAUACCCUAAUAUGCCAUUAAAACUCAGCUUGUUCUAGAAUCAUGUAUUUGGUCUCUGUUGAUGUGUGUGCUGGUCUGUGGCUUGUGAGCUGCCGAAUCCGAAUACAGUGCCUGUAAAACCAGGAAAGCUUCUGCUGUUUUCAACUGUCUGAAGUCAACUGUUUGAAAACGGUGGGUGUUAGUCUCAUUGAAAUCAAGAGGGAGGUGUUGAGAAAGGGGUUGUAAUUGUACAUCUAUAUUUAAAGGCAGGGUUGGGAGGUUGCUUGAAGAGUUGGAGGGGUCGAUUGAAGAUAACAGGAACUGGCUUUCCACAGUGUGAGGCCAUGGAGUGCUUCAGAUGCUGCUAUUAAGGUGAUGUGAAAAGGAAAAUAAUCAAACCAAAGAGUAUUCAGUGGAAUGUAAAUCAAAUGAAGAUGCAGUGGAGGAUAGGGGUGACCACCUGGAGGUUUCUCCAAACACACAGUGCUACCACUUAAAAAAAAAAAGACUUGAGUUAUUUGAAAAGGGGUGGGUACAGGGUCAAGAAAAGAGGGAGGGGAAUCUUUCAACUUAUUUCUUAAAAAAAAAAAGCAUCUAAAUUUUCUGGUGCAUAGGUUUGUUUUUUCGGUUUUCUUUUUGUUUGUUUGGUUUUUUGUUUUAGUUUUUCAGAAACUUUUGCAGAAGCUACAUUUUUAAAGUGUACAUUUUAUAAAGUUUAUCAGAUAUUUUCAUAUUUAAAGCCAAAUGUAAAUAGGAAUCUGUAAAGGAAAAAAUACCGUAGGAAAUACGAUUACAGCAGUGAUUCUGAGAGCUAGCACCCAUUAUGCUACCGGUUAGCAUGGUUUUAGCAGAUAUUACCAGCCUUUGGAGGUUUGUUUUGGUAUGUUCUUCUGUUAUUUAUUUCAGCAUGGACUGUUUUUUUGAGAGCUUUUUGUAGUUAUUAGCAGUUUAAUAGUUACAAGCUUUAAAUGGCAUUUUGUUUCGUUUUGUUUUGUUUUCCAAGAGCCAAGACAUAGGUAAUGCACGGCAUUUCUCCCUGCAUUUUUACCUUCAGAUUAUCUGUCUUUAUUGACCGGGCCUCCAGAACUAGUGCAUACACCUGCCACUAGUAUGCAGAUGGAGAGACUCACCUCGAACAUCUGGGAUCCAUUCCCAGAUGCCCGUUGCUUCUCUGCUGCGAGCAAAUCCCUCUAGGAUGUAUUCCCUUUUAAAGAAUGUUUGCCCGUAUCUGGAUGGGCAUUAUAUAUAUAUAUAUUUUUUGGAGGGGGGAGGCAUAGAUUCCUGGUUAUUCUAUUUUUAAAUAAAAGGUAGACAAAGUGAACUCUAUUUUGACUAUUGAGAAAGGAAUAGUUUUCUAUCCCUCUAAGAGUAUACUUGAAUUAGACAUUUUUAGAAUGUCAUAUAGCACUGUAGUAAUUUCCAAAUCCCUAGAGAAAGUUUGAUUCCGUUCUCCUUUUGUUAAUGCAUUAUUUGUUGUCUUUCACUUCUUUUCUCCCUGUUUACUCCCUCCUUAAAUCUUGCUGUGUGUCUGAUGACUCUGGUUCCCUAAAGAUGUUCCACUUGCAGAUAAAAAGCAUCAGCUUUUAUCUUAUAAUCUGCCACCCCCCAAAAAAGCAAACAGCCCUUCCUAAGGGGUGGCUUAAUCUCCCCAUCACACUGUUUAAUGAUGUUAAGGUGGAAGUAUAAAAGUGUUGCAUUAUUACAUCCCCUCCCACAACCUUUAGUAGUUUCUUUCCUAGGAAUGUUAGGUUUCAGCUCUGGGCUCUGGCGAGUUGAACAAUCCUAGGCUUUGACAAUCAUGAUAGCUAUUAUUUUCCCAUUUGCAAUCUUUUUUUUUUUUUUCGUAUCUAAAGUCUUCCUAUUGUACUGCACAAACCAUGGGUUGUACAUAUUUUUUAUACAUUAUGUCUUAUUUUAUUAUUUCUAAAUAAAAAUUAAAAAUUGAAAAUGAAA